CAACAUUUUGCAGCUAAAAUCGAAACAGGAUUUUGACCUAAAGUACUUAAUACAUUUGAAAAAAUCAUUUCUAUGGUAAUAUUGAAUUGGUUAAGAUUUAAGAACUAGUGAACGCAUGUUUAAAAACCACUUCAGAGAAUGGCUGUCGAAAAGCUUUAUGAAAGUGAGAAUUAUAUCAUAGUUAAUAAGCCAUAUGAUAUGUAUAUAAAUUCUGACGACGAAGAUGAAAAGAACACAGUAACGCAUCACAUAGCCAAACACGACUCUCACUUGUCAACCUCAUCCCAACCACUACACUUCGUUCAACGUCUAGACUACGCUACCAGUGGCGUUUUGUGUAUAGCAAAGAACAAAAGUGCGGCGGCACGGGCUGGGAAGCUUUUUGAAGGACGGCUCACGAAAAAAUAUUAUUUGGCUGUUGUAAGAGGGCAUGUUGGGUUCGAGUUGGGGGACAUCACUUAUCCAGUUGGUGUCGAUCCUCUGACUCAGCAGUCCAGCCAUCGGAUGCUGGCAGUUUUCAAUAAAUCUGAUAAUACGUGUGAACAGUCGCGCGAGGCUCACACAAGGCUACUGGUACUUGAGAGUGGAUAUUGCGGCUCGGAUCCAGUGACUGUGGUACUUCUGAAGCCUGUUACUGGACGCCGCCAUCAGCUCCGUGUGCAUUGCAAAGCUAUCGGACACACGAUACUCGGUGACUACACUUACAGUGAUAAAAAGGACAGCGCGCCCCAUAGAAUGUUCCUGCAUGCUAUCAGACUGGUGCUUCCCCUCCACUCCGAGCCCCUGGACAUACAGACGUCAGAGCCGUUCUUCAUAGACAAACGCUUCCAAAGCCAAUGGAAAUCUGUAGAUAUAUUCAAUAAAUACAGGACUAAGGAGGCCUUCCGAGUGGCCUGCGAUGUCAUAGACCGUCCCUACGUUAUCGGCGUCAAGUACCAGUCCUAUAGUGCGAAUGAUUAAACUUUACACCGAAUAUUAAAAUUAUACCGCCUUA